AUGUCUGCAGCUGAAUCUCUCAGAGAGUUUGUGACCGAGCGGCUCGCUGCUGCUGCUGAAGACAUUUUGGGAGUUUUUAACAGAACUCUGGUCCAGUACGAGGAAGAGCUGGAGCGUCAGCGCAAACAGCUGGAUCUGGUUUGGAAACCUCACAUUCACUUACACAGAAUAGGUGAGAAACACCACGUUUAGACUGAAUAAUGAAGCAUGAGCUCGGUUUAAAGCAGGGCUGCCUCUCCUCUCGGCUUCUUUGCACAUAAUGUUAUCUAAGGCAGAGGAACAGCCCAGCAUUAGUAAGGGAAUAACUAAUUCUCUCAUGUUGACUUGGUCUAACAUUUUGUGACUUGAUUUUUGUUUAUUACAUUAUCUUGCUAGAGUAUCUCAGUAUUGUACCUUAAUUCUUAAACAUUUUAACUUGAUUGUGUUAAAUAUUACAACUCUGUCCUUAAAAUAUUACAUCCCUGUCACAGAAUGUCUUCAGAUUUUGCUCUUUCAUACACAGUAUACUGAUUCCACUUCUCUGUUUUCUGUCCCAUCUCAGUGACAUAUUUAUGCUUCUGUGUUUCUGCAGAGCUUCCACAACAACAUGACUGUAAGGAGGAGGAGAAGGUUUUCUCAGACCAGCAGCCCUGUAACCAGGAGUGGAACUCCAGUCUGGACCAAGAGGACCCAGAGCCUGUACAGAUGAAAGAGGAAGAGGAGGAAUACUGCACCAGUCAGGACAGAGAACAGCUUGAACUACAGCAGCAGACUGAAUACUUGACGUUAAACCUAACCGGGCAGGAAAGUGAGAACGCUGAACCAGAAGUAAGAAAGGAAGAACAGCUCCUUUCUCACAACUCUCAUGAUGCUGCAAACCAAGAUCCACAGAAAGGCAAGCAUGAAGACUCAGAAUCACCUACAAAACCAGAACAAACCCCCCCAAAAAAAGUUCAAAAAAGAAGAAGUCAGAGGACAAAACAGCCUAAGGUUCACUAUGAUCCUCGAGAGGGUAAAAUGACUAUUAGAUGUGACAAAAAUGGGGAAACAUUUCCGAGCAAUUCAAGUUUACAGACACAGCUAGGUUUCCACACUGGUAAGAAGAUGGAGCGUCAGCGCAAACAGCUGGAUCUGGUUUGGAAACCUCACAUUCACUUACACAGAAUAGGUGAGAAAAAACAAGUUUAGACUGAACAAUGAAGCAUGAGCUCGGUUAAUGUCAGGGCUGCCUCUCCUCUCAGCUUCUUUGAAUAAAUUCUGUGAUUUAAGUAGCAGAAUAGCCCUGAAUUAGUUAGAGAAUAACUGUGCUUCCUAAAUGUGGCUUAAAGGGAUAUUCCGGCGUAAAAUUAAGUUAGGGUCAAACACACUGUUACACCGAGUUAGACACCCCCUCGAGAGAUUAAUGUUGCCGACCACUUGGUUCUCUAGUUAUACCAACUUAAGUAAUGACUGCAGACAGCAAUACAGAGAUCCACAGGCUCAACCAAAACGCCACUCUAUUGGCAAAAAUAAUGCUCAGAACAGCACCUAACUUCAUCAACAGUACAUAUAGAGUCACAGCACUAGCCACCAGACAUCUUUUUAACUUUGCCUAAUUUCUUUAGCAAAGAGACUAAGCACAACUUACCCUCUCUCUUCCAGCAGCCACUUGUUUGUACGGAGACCUCUGGCGAGUCCAUCCACUGCAGCAGGAAGAAGCAGCACAAGGAAGAGCAUUUAUGAUCAUUACUUCAUCAUUUCCCAGAAUUAAUAUUUAUCAUCAUAUUAAUCAUUUUGCACCGCAGACAUGGUAGUUCUUCUGCCUUUGCGUCUCGGUCCGAUUGCAUUUCCAUGAAGAAAUGAUCAUAAAUGUUCUUCCUUGAGUUGCGUCACCCCACAGCAGUCCAUCAAGCCAAAGUCCAAUUUUGCAAACAAAAGAAAGCACCGGCUUUUAGCGCCACAUUGGUAAAAUAUAACAUUCUGCUUUUCUGGGUCAAUCACCCACUGGAUGUGCUUACAAUAUUAUGACAAAGUACCUUUUGAAUGCUUUUGCAGUUGCAAAACGUAAACGGAACUUUCCUGUUGUAACUGUAAACCAAGUACAUUAGAGUGACUAAGUGAAUAAAUUUUGACCAAGUUCCCUCUGGAUGCUGUUGCAGUCUAUAAAAUGUAAAUUAAGUGUUUUUAGUGGGUUAGGUGUUUGGUAGUUAUGCAAGGAUUGUGUUACCACAUUUUCCCCUCUGGGUAUCAGAGUACUAUCUAUUGAUCUAAUAUGUCACAGUGACUCAUGGCAAACAACGGUUGCCCUUUUAAUUAUUUUUCACCCCUGCCCCCUUUGAACACCCUGAGUAUUCCACUUAUUGUAACUAUAAAAUUGUAUCUCUUUUGCCCUUGACUUUAGUCUUGUGAUCUCAAACAAAAGUAGAUGCCCAGUGCACAGCACCAUCACUCCUUUUCACUUUGUGCAGAGGAAGACAGGAUAAGCAGAUUCACCUCACAAAUGAGGACUGAAUUGCUUCUUUUUACUCAAUCGUCAUUAUUUUUGUAAUAUUGCCGCUAUAUUCCCAUAAAGUAAUAUUAGUCUUUUAUACAGUUUAUAAUCUUGAUUCUACUUGUUCUUUUUAUGUUACAACUUAUCUUACCACUCUUUUCUUCAUAGCAUCAUGACUUAUUUUGCAUUGUGUUGCCAAUUGCUUUUUAUGUCCUUUAUCUUGCGUGAGCAUCUCAGUAUUGUACCUUAAUUCUCAAACAUUUUAACUUAAUUGUGUUUAAUAUAACAACUCUGUCCUUAAAAUAUUACAUCCCUCUUACAGAACAUCCUCAGAAUUUGCUCUUUCAUACACUGUAUACUGAUUCUAAUUCUUUGUUUUCUGUCUGAUCUCAGUGACAUAUUUAUGCUUCUGUGUUUCUGCAGAGCUUCCACAACAACAUGACUGUAAGGAGGAGGAGAAGGUUUUCUCAGACCAGCAGCCCUGUAACCAGGAGUGGAACUCCAGUCCGGACCAAGAGGACCCAGAGCCUGUACAGAUUAAAGAGGAAGAAGAGGAGGAAUACUGCACCAGUCAGGACAGAGAACAGCUUGAACUACAGCAGCAGACUGAAUACUUGACGUUAAAUCUAGCCGGUCAGGAAAGUGAGAACGCUGAACCAGAAGUAAAAAAGGAAGAACAGCUCCUUUCACACAACUUUCAUGAUGCUGCAAACCAGGAUCCACAGAAAGGCAAGCAUGAAGACUCAGAAUCAACUACAAAACCAGAACAAACCUCCCCAAAAAAAGUUCAAAAAAGAAGAAGUCGGAAGACAAAACAGCCUAAGGUUCACUCUGAGCCUCAACAGGGUGAAAAGACUUUUAGAUGUGACACAAAUGGGGAAACAUUUCCGAGCAAUUCAAUUUUUCAGACACAUCUAGGUGUCCUCACUGGUGAGAAGAAGCAAACGUUCAGAUACGAACGUUUGCUGACGAAUCACGCAAAAUCACACCAAGAGCAGAGUUUGUACACCUGUAGCACCUGUGGGAGAACAUUCAGGUACAAACAUUUGCUGACAAAACACACAAGAGUACACACAAGUAAGAGACUGUACUCCUGUAGCACCUGUGGGAAAAUCUUCUGUUGGAAUUCACACUUCAAAGCGCACAUGCUAGUUCACUCAGGGGAAAAGCUGUUCACCUGCAUAAUAUGCAGCAAAUCUUUUGGCCGUAAAGGUAACCUGAAACAACACAUAAGAACACACACAGAAGAGAGACCGUACUCCUGUAGCACCUGUGGGAAAAACUUCCGUAGGAAAUCACACUUGAAAGGGCACAUGCUACUUCACUGAGGGGAAAAGCUGUUCACCUGCAAAACAUGCAGCAAAUCUGUUUCCACAGAAGAUCACUUAAGAGAGCACAUGAAAACACACACAGGUGAGAGACCAAACUCCUGUAGUACCUGUGGGGAAAAGUUUUCUCGAAAAACAAACUUAAAUCAUCAUACCCAAAUCCAUACAGGUGAAGAGCCUGUGGUCCCUGUGGGAAAUCAUUAGACAGGAAGAUCUCUUUAGAUGAUCACAUAAGAACCCACACAGGUAAAAUGUGUCAGGUUUGUCAGAUGCAGCAGGAAAUUCCAUCAAAAAGUGUCACAGAAGCUGGUGACUGAAAUCAGAAGCAAAUGUCAUUGUGUGAAGUCAGAAUACUGUUGAAGUGUAUGUGAACUGGAUUCUCUGUUCUGUGCAAGUUCAACCUUACACAAGGCACGUUAGAGAGAUGAGCUCUCAGCUAAUAAAAUACCAUCUGUGUGUUUAGUUAAUCCAACAGUUAAGAUAUAUUUUACUGUGACUUUCUGACUGUAAUUCUUGUUCUAUGGAGUCCUGUUUUAUUCCUUUGGCUCAACAAAUGUUUCUUUUUUCCUGACGAGCUACUUUGGUUGACUGUAAAUUGUUUAUAUGGCAAUCUACAACAAAUUUGAUUUAGAUGACUGUAGCUGUCAUGCUGAUGAAGAUUGUUAAGAGAAUAUGGUGACCAAUAAACUCCAACUGUCUAUAUUUCAGGUUUACAAUUACUACAAAAUUCAGCAGCACGUGCCCUGACCAGGAGGCGGGCCCACAUUACACACGUUUAUGAAUCAUUGCAUUAAAGUUGAAGAUAAUUGAAACCGUGGGGGGCAACGGAGAGGAGACGAAGAGGAGGGCGGAACUUUUGGCUGCCGCAUCUCCGCUUACGGAACUUUACCGGUGUGACACGCGCCGGAAGUAAACAAGCAGAACAAACAGCGAUAUAUGGGGAUGUUUCCGUUUUCACAUCGCAGCUUUCUUUACAAACCGUAACAAAUCAACGAUGUCUGCAGCUGAAUCUCUCAGAGGGUUUGUGACCGAGCGGCUCGCUGCUGCUGCUGAAGACAUUUUGGGAGUUUUUAACAGAACUCUGGUCCAGUACGAGGAAGAGCUGGAGCGUCAGCGCAGACUGCUGGAUCUGGUUUGGAAACCUCACAUUCACUUACACAGAAUAGGUGAGAAACACCACGUUUAGACUGAAUAAUGAAGAAUGAGCUCGGCUUAAAGCAGGGCUGCUUCUCCUCCCGGCUACUUUGUAAAUAAUGUUAUCUGAGGCAGAGGAACAGCCCUGCAUUAGUUAGAGAAUAACUAAUUCUCUCAUGUUGAAUUGGUCUCACAUUUUGUGACUUUAUUUUUGUUUAUUACAUUAUCUUGCUAGAGUAUCUCAGUAUUGUACCUUAAUUCUUAAACAUUUGAACUAAAUUGUGUUUAAUAUAACAACUCAAUUCUUAAAAUAUUACAUCCCUGUCACAGAACAUCCUCAGAUUUUGCUCUUUCAUACACAAUAUACUGAUUCCACUUCUCUGUUUUCUGUCCCAUUUCAGUGACAUAUUUAUGAUUCUGUGUUUCUGCAGAGCUUCCACAACAACAUGAUUGUAAGGAGGAGGUGGAGGUUUUCUCAGACCAGCAGCCCUGUAACCAGGAGAGGAACUCCAGUCCGGACCAAGAGGACCCAGAGCCUGUACAGAUUAAAGAGGAAGAGGAGGAAUACUGCACCAGUCAGGACAGAGAACAGCUUGAACCACAGCAGCAGACUGAAUGCUUGACUGCAAACCAAGAUCCACUGAAAGGCAGACAUGAAGACUUAGAAUCAACUACAAAACCAGAACAAACCCCCCCAAAAAGAGUUAAAAAAAGAAGAAGAUGGAAGACAAAACAGCCUAAGGUUCACUCUGAUCCUCAACAGGGUGAAAAGACUUUUAGAUGUGACACAAAUGGGGAAACAUUUCCAAGCAAUUCAAGUUUUCAGACACAGCUAGGUGUCCUCACUGGUAAGAAGAAACAAACGUUCAGAUACGAACGUUUGCUGACGUAUCAUGCAAAAUCACACCGAGAGCACAGUCUGUACACCUGUAGCACCUGUGGGAGAAUAUUUAGGCACAAACAUCUGUUGACAAAACACACAAGAUUACACACAGGUGAGAGACCAUACUCCUGUAGCACCUGUGGGAAAAGCUUCCGUUGGAAUUCUAACUUGAAAGUGCACAUGUUAGUUCACUCAGGUGAAAAAAUGUUCACCUGCAAAACAUGCAGCAAAUCUGUUUACACCAAAGAUCACUUAAGAGAGCACAUGAAAACACACACAGGUGAGAAACCAUACUCCUGUAGCAUCUGUGGGAAAAACUUGCGUAGGAAUUCAAACUUGAAAGCGCACAUGCUACUUCACUCAGGGGAAAAGCUGUUCACCUGCAAAACAUGCAGCAAAUCUUUUGGCAGUAAAGGUAACCUGAAACGGCACAUAGGAACACACACAGGUGAGAGACCGUACUCCUGUAGCACCUGUGGGAAAAAGUAUUCUCGAAAAACAAACUUAAAUCGUCAUACCCCAAUCCAUACAGGUGAACAGCCUGUGGUCCCUGUGGGAAAUCAUUAGGCAGUUAGAUCUCUUUAGAUGAUCACACAAGAACCCACACAGGUAAAAUGUGUCAGGUUUGGCAGAUGCAGCAGGAAAUUCCAUCAAAAAAAUGUCACAGAAGCUGGUGACUGAAAUCUAGGCCCGUCGCGAUAAUCAAUAAAUCGCCUUAUCGCUCAGUAAAUAAAAACGAGGUCGGUCAUUUUGCCAGCCUCGAUAAUUGACGUGCGUUUGUUUUACCAAACACGCUGGAUGAGAGAAGAGGUCUCACUCUGCGCAUUUUUCUCGGCACCUGGGGGCGUUGGCUCUAUAGCGGAAUGAACGGAGUUAGUGAACCCUCCUGUCAGUCAUUCAGUGUCUUUGUCACAAGGGGGCUGGCGCGCACAGGCACACAGACACAGACUUUUGGAUACAGUGCUGCAAGUGAGCGUCGUGAGUGAAAAGCAAGCUAACAGAAUGAACACGACAGCUGGGAAUAUUUCGGCUUUAAACCAGUUUUGUUUUCGUCAACCACAUAACUCCACGUGUGUGCGCGCGCGUGUGUCUGUGUGUUUGAGGAGCACAGCAGGAUGAUGAGAGCUGUCAGAGCGGACUGAAGCUGUUCCUAUAUGUUUAGCGUUUAACUGACUGAGUUUUGCAACUCUGUCAUUUUCGUCUCGUCCCAUCAACGUAAACGCACUUUCGUCUCUUCACAUUUUAGUCAUCUCCGACUUAUGUUUAGCUCGUCAACGUUACGUCUUCGUCGUGGGUGAAAUUAAAGUUUAUCACUUUUGACACGUGUACUCGCAUUAUUAUGCCAUUUAAUAUCAAUAUCUAUAAUUUAAAAAACGGUGUCAAUAAUAUCGUUUAUCGGCGAUAAUUUGUAGCACAAUUAUCGUCCAGCAAAAUUUGUUAUCGUGACAGGCCUACUGAAAUCAGAAGCAAAUGUUAUUGUGUGAAGUCAGAAUACUGUUGAAGUGUAUGCGAACUGGAUUCUCUGUUCUGUGCAAGUUCAACCUUACACAAGGCAUGUUAGAGAGAUGAGCUCUCAGCUAAUAAAAUACCAUCUGUGUGUUUAGUUAAUCCAACAGUUAAGAUACAUUUUACUGUGACUUUCUGACUGUAAUACUUGUUCUGUGGAGUCCUGUUUAGUUCCUCCGGCUCAACAAAUGUUUCUUUUCUCCUGAAGAGCUACUUUGGUUGGCUAUAACUUCUUUAUAUGGUAAUCUACAACAAACUUGAUUUAGAUGUCUGUAGCUGUUAUGCUGAUAAGGUGUGGUGAUGAAAAUAUGGUGACCAAUAAACUUGGACUGUCAAAACAAAAUUCAUAGUAAUGCAUUUGUAUCCUGGUCUUAUAGAAGUGAAACAAAAGAGGACAAAGCUUAAACCAAAAUUGGAUGGUCCUGGUUCAGGUCCCCAGACUGCACUGCAUUAAAAACAGACAAGACUCUGGCAUGGAAAUCACUGCACAGGCUCAAAAUCACUUCAAAACCUUUGACUGUGGACAAAGUUCCUCAAUGUAUCCAGAAAUGAGGUUAAACUGAACGCUGCAAAGAGGAAACCAGAUAGAAACAGGAUCCAUGAACACUAGAGACUUUUCUGGACCUGAGCCCGUUUGAGGUCCUUGUAUUCUUUACUGAAAACGAUUUUGGAAGUACCAACAGCACUCCUAUCAGUUAAAGAAAAGUUGUUACAAAAGGAGUACCAUUAGUGAAUGAAGGAAAGUAGUUUUUAACUUUAUUCCUGCUUCAAGGGCACAAAUUUAAAAACAAAGCAUCAAUUUAAAAGUGGAGCAAAAAGCUAAAGUUUGUGAUGAAUUCAAUGAGCCAGAGACAUGGGCCAUAUAUUAUGGGCCAAACUUCUCUUUUUAACCAUUGACAACAUUUUAAACCCUGAUUUUAGUAACUGUCAUUUUAAUUCCAUUGACUCCCUCUGUGAGGAAUUUGCAGACCACUUCAUGGAGAAGAUAAACACAAUGAGAUAUGACAUUUUAUCAAGUCAAACUACUGCUUUUAACACGUCUGAGUGUUUGUCCUUACCUGAAGAAACACUGGACAGUUUUGUGCUGGUUGAUGCUGAGGUGCUGGAUAAAGUUUUCCCCUCAGUGUGGCCCAACACAUGUCUUUUAUAUCCUAUCCUGACCUCAUAUUUUAAGUCGUUUUAUGAGUCUUUCAGAGAAAAGCUUUUAAACACGAUGACAGAAAUUAUUUAUUUAUUUAUUUAUUUUACCACAGUUUAACUUAGAAAAUUAAACUUUCAUGUAUUCUCAAUUCAUCAUACCCAAAGUGAAAUUCAGACAGUGGGCCUUUCCCGCUGCCUUUAAAGUGGCAGUGGUGAGGCCCCUGCUGAAGAAAAGCAAUUUAGAUUUUAACAAUUUAUACAAUUACAGACCAGUGUCGAAUUUACUAUUUUUAAGUAAAAUUUUGGAAAAACUAAUUUUUAUCCAACUUAAAUCAUUUUUAGAUGAUCAUAAGUUUUGUCUGGUUUUAGGGUGAACCACAGCAUUGAAACCACCCUGGUAAAGAUUUUAAAUGAUCUUCGAUCAAAUUGUGACACACAAAAGGUGACAGUGUUGGUUCUGCUGGAUCUUAGCGUUGCCUUUGAUACAGUAGACUGCACUAUUCCUUUAACUCGCCUAAAAACCCUUGGCCUCUCAGGUGCUGUUCACAGAUGGUUCAUCUCCUACCUCACAGACAGAAGAUUCAGGGUAAGUGUAAACAUGUGCUCCCCCAAAGUCCAUAAAGUCACAUGUAGUGUAUCCCAGGGUUCGAUUUUAGGCCCUGUGCUUUUUAACCUGUUCAUGCUCCCUCUUGGUGGUGUCAUCAAGAAACACGGAACCAACUUCCACAGCUAUGCCGAUGCCAUGCAGCUCUACAUCUCUGUGUCUCUUGAUGACACCAGGCCAAUAGAUGCUCUUUUUAACUGCAUUUCAGAUAUCAAAUCCUGGAUGGCAGAGAACUCUCUCCACCUUAACCAGUUUUAGUCAUUGACCCAGAAAGAAUUUUUUUUACCCAAACUACAAGCACUAUCUUUUAAUCCAUCAGCACAAGUGAAAAACCUGGGUGUAAAUUUUGACUCUGCGCUGACACCUAAAGAGCAUUGCCAGAGUCCGUCCCAUUCUCUCUCUGGCCAACAUAGAGACGCUUAUGGAUGCUUCUAUCACCUGUUGUUUAGACUACUGUUGUGCCCUGCUUUCUGGUCUUCCCAUUAUCAUUAUUUCAGGUUUACAAUUACUACAAAAUUCAGCAGCACGUGCCCUGACCAGGAGGCGUGCCCACAUUACACACGUUUAUGAAUCAUUGCAUUAAAGUUGAAGAUAAUUGAAACUGUGGGGGGCAACGGAGAGGAGACGAAGAGGAGGGCGGAACUUUUGGCUGCCGCAUCUCCGCUUACGGAACUUUACCGGUGUGACACGCGCCGGAAGUAAACAAGCAGAACAAACAGCGAUAUAUGGGGAUGUUUCCGUUUUCACAUCGCAGCUUUCUUUACAAACCGUAACAAAUCAACGAUGUCUGCAGCUGAAUCUCUCAGAGGGUUUGUGACCGAGCGGCUCGCUUCUGCUGCUGAAGACAUUUUGGGAGUUUUUAACAGAACUCUGGUCCAGUACGAGGAGGAGCUGGAGCGUCAGCGCAGACUGCUGGAUCUGGUUUGGAAACCUCACAUUCACUUACACAGAAUAGGUGAGAAAAACCACGUGUAGACUGAAUACUGAAGCAUGAGCUCGGCUUAAAGCAGGGCUGCUUCUCCUCCCGGCUACUUUGUAAAUAAUGUGAUUUAAGGCAGAGGAACAGCCCUGCAUUAGUAAGAGAAUAACUAAUUCUGAUGACUUGGUCUCACAUUUUGUGACUUUAUUUUUGUUUAUUACAUUACCUUGCUAGAGUUUCUUUUUUCACCCCUGCCCCCUUUGAACACCCUGAGUAUUAGGGUUGGGUAUCGAGAAUCGAUGGGAAUCGAGACUAAAACUUCGAUUCCUCUGGUAUCGUUCAAAUAUUAAAAUUUCGAUUCCAAGUUUCGAUGCCGGAGUCCGCCGACCGGAAGAAAUAGCCGCCGAAAAUCAACGAAGAAGAAGCCGCUUAACACCAAUGAGGACGGAGCGUAUGAGACGAAGCCACACAGAAAGUGAAGAGAGACAGAGAGAGAAAGUACAUUGCAACCCACAGCAAUGCAGCCGCUGUGGGUUACAAUGUAAUCUCUCUCUGUCUCUCUCCUCUCAUGUGUGACUUCGUCUCAUACGCUCCGUCCUCGUUGGUGCUCGGCAGCUUCUUCUUCGUUGGUCAAAAGUUUGGCUAACUUUAGCAGGAAGAAUGAACUCUUAUCUCAAUGCAACAUUAGCAAUACAGUUAAAUCAUGCAAAGGAGGGUAAACGACCAACAUGAUUAAACACCUCAGGAUUCAUGGAGGAGAAAUACCCGAGUGCUCGUCUUUGACGCGCUUCGCCGGUGUUAUGCCAUAGAAUGCACCCCUGCUGUUGAAUGCACCCCUGACGGGAGCGCGGUUGAAAGUACACAACAAGGCGAAACAAUCCAAGUUUUUCUUAUCGUUGAACGGAAUCUAAAGCGUGUGCCUUUAAUGAUUUCAUUCAGGCUAUUCAGAUAUGCCGAAAACAAUAGCCCUCUGAUUCUGAAUAUUUACUGUCCGGAAAAUAUAAUGUUCUCUACAUUAACAGCUUACUGUACAAUUUAUAUACCCAAGUACACCUUUAUGUGUGCAUUUUUGAGACACAUACAAACAAAACGAAAGUUUACUGCUCCAUUUGACAUGUUGUCAUGAUCUAAUACUCGUGUUUUUUUAAAUAUGAGAUCAUUGUCUUCCACUUUAAGAAGCUAGUCAGUGGAGGGGAGGCAUUCUACGGCAGGGGUGCAUUCUACAGCACAACACUUGUCUUCCGCUAACCAGUCAGGAUCAGAUAAGUGAAACAAUAAAUUACCUCUGUCCUCUGCUAACUUUGAAGCGGUAAACAAAUUGCACUGAGUACGGUGGGUCAACUUAAAUAUCCAACUAACGUUAGCCCUUGUGCUUUUUCAUAGACAAACGACCUGACAACAAAAAAUGAUAUUUAUAUACUGAUUGAAAAUAGCCCUGUGAGAAAUUCAUAGUAAAGUUCCUAAAAGUUAAUAUGAUUUAAAAAUUCAUGGAGAAGUUCAGAAAUUACAUCCAAAAAGAAGAGCUCCAGUUAGCGCCCUCAUUCAAACCAUGCUUUUUUUUUAUGAUAUCCUGCCUUUUAAAAGAAUCGAAAUAAAGAAUCGAUAGGAAUCGAAUUCGAAAUGAGGAAUCGGAAUCGGAAUCGUUCAAAAUCAAACGAUACCCAACCCUACUGAGUAUACCACUUAUGGUAACUGUAAAAUUGUAUCUCUUUUGCCCUUGACUUUAGUCUUGUGAUCUCAAACAAAAGUAGAUGCCCAGUGCACAGCACCAGCAAUCCUUUUUCACUUUGUGCAGAGGAAGACAGGAUAAUCAGAUUCACCUCACAAAUGAGGACUGAAUUGCUUCUUUUUACUCAAUCGUCAGUUUCACACAGCACAAACAAAAGGCUUCAUCGCGUUUCCUGACUAAUCCACUACACUGAUGUUUUAAACAAGACCACAGACACACUGAGUGAAGUUGUUUCUUUCUCUCAUAUUGACUUGGUCUCACAUUUUAUGCCAUUAGUUUUGUAAUAUUGCCGCUAUAUUUUCAUAAAGUAAUAUUAGUCUUUUAUACAGAUUAUAAUCUUGAUUCUACUUGUUCUUUUUAUGUUUCAACUUAUCUCAAAUAUAAAUAUUACAUCCCUCUCACAGAACGUCCUCAGAUUUGGCUCUUUCAUACACUGUAUACUGAUUCUAAUUCUUUGUUUUCUGUUCCAUCUCAGUGACAUAUUUAUGCUUCUGUGUUUCUGCAGAGCUUCCACAACAACAUGACUGUAAGGAGGAGGAGAAGGUUUUCUCAGACCAGCAGCCCUGUAACCAGGAGAGGAACUCCAGUCCGGACCAAGAGGACCCAGAGCCUGUACAGAUGAAAGAGGAAGAGGAGGAAUACUGCACCAGUCAGGACAGAGAACAGCUUGAACUACAGCAGCAGACUGAAUGCUUGACGUUAAAUGUAACCUGUCAGGAAAGUGAGAACGCUGAACCAGAAUUAAGAAAGGAAGAACAGCUCCUUUCUCACAACUCUCAUGAUGCUGCAAGCCAAGAUUCACAGAAAGGCAAGCAUGAAGACUCAGAAUCAACUACAAAACCAGAACAAAACCCCCCCAAAAAAAUUAAAAAAAGAAGAAGUCGGAAGACAAAACAGCCUAAGGUUCACUCUGACCCUCAACAGGGUGAAAAGACUUUUAGAUGUGACACAAAUGGGGAAACAUUUCCGAGCAAUUCAAGUUUACAGACACAGCUAGGUGUCCUCACUGGUGAGAAGAAACAAACGUUCAGAUACGAAUGUUUGCUGACGAAUCACGCAAAAUCAAACCAAGAGCAGAGUCUGUACACCUGUAGCACCUGUGGGAGAACAUUCAGGCACAAACUAUUGCUUACAAAACACACAGUAGUACACACAGGUGAGAGACCGUACUCCUGUAGCACCUGUGGAAAAAGCUUCCGUUGGAAUUCAAACUUGAGAGCGCACAUGCAAGUUCACUUAAGGGAAAAGCUGUUCACCUGCAAAACAUGCAGCAAAUCUGUUUACACGAAAGAUCACUUAAGAAAGCACAUGAAAAAACACACAGCAGCGAAACCACACUUCUGUAGCAUCUGUGGGAAAAGCUUCCGUUGGAAUUCAAGCUUGAAAUUGCACAUGUUUGUUCACACAGGGGAAAAGCUGUUCACCUGUAAAACAUGCAGCAAAUCUUUUAACAGAAAAGGUAACCUGAAACGGCACAUAGAAACGCACACAGGUGAGAAACCGUACUCCUGUAGCACCUGUGGGGAAAAGUUUGCUCGAAAAACAAACUUUAAUCGUCAUACCCAAAUCCAUACAGGUGAAGAGCCUGUGGUCCCUGUGGGAAAUCAUUAGACAGGAGAUCUCUUUAGAUGAUCACACAAGAACCCACACAGGUAAAAUGUGUCAGGUUUGUCAGAUGCAGCAGGAAAUUCCAUCAAAAAGUGUCACAGAAGCCGGUGACUGAAAUCAGAAGCAAAUGUCAUUGUGUGAAGUCAGAACACUGUUGAAGUGUAUAUGAACUGGAAUCUCUGUUCUGUGCAAGUUCAACCUUACACAAGGCAUGUUAGAGAGACGAGCUCUCAGCUAAUAAAAUACCAUCUGUGUGUUUAGUUAAUCCAACAGUUAAGAUAUAUUCUUCUGUGCCUUUCUGACUGUAAUACUUGUUUUAUAGAGUCCAGUUUUAUUUCUCUGGCUCAACAAAUGUUUCUUUUUUCCUGACGAGCUACUUUAGUUGGCUGUUUUUUUUUCCCAGAAUAUUUUUUAUCUUUUUAUUUGUUUUGAUAAGUUCUUUUUAUGGUAAUUUACAACAAAUUUGAUUUAGAUGACUGUAGCUGUAAUGCUGAUGAAGAUUGUAUAGGGAAUAUGGUGACCAAUAAACUCCGACUGUCUAUAUUUCAGGUGUACAAUUACUACAAAAUUCAGCAGCACGUGCCCUGUUCAGGAGGCGGGCCCACAUUACAGAGGUUUAUAAAUCAUUGCAUUAAAGUUGAAGAUAAUUGAAACCGUGGGGGGGCAACGGAGAGGAGAGGAGACGAAUAGGAGGGGGUAUUUGGCUGCUGCAUCUCCGCUGACGGAACUUUACCGGUGUGACACACGGCGGAAGUAAACAAGCAGAACAAACAGCGAUAUAUGGGAAUGUUUCCUUUUUCACAUCGCAGUUUUCUUUACAAACCGUAACAAAUCAACGAUGUCUGCAGCUGAAUCUCCCAGAGAGUUUGUGACCGAGCAGCGAGCUUCUCACAAUCCUCACUUGUCCGUACAACCAGUGGAAAUGAUGCAUUUACCUGUUGUGCUAUAGUUUCCCAUGUUUGCUUCUUGGCUUGUACUGUGACACGGGGGCCAAAUUUACCUCUCAAAACAGUUUUGUGCUCAUUGACCAAUUGAGCCAGAAGCAAACACUGCUCCUCUGUCCAGUUGGGUUUCUUAGUUCUUUUCUUGUCCAUGGCUGCUCGCUGGUUUGAUGUAGACUUGAAGGGAAACCAACACUUCUUCUUAUAGGCCGCUCAGCAAUCAGAGACAUUGAUGAAUGCUGAGCCAUUUCACCCUUGUGAAUUACACCCCCCACCCCAAGUCACUGCUCUUUUUUUUUCAACAUUUUGAAAAGGUGCACCGCCCAUGAGGCCUGGCUGCUGCUGCGAGCACUCCUGUUCCUGUCUACCCCAUGUCACAUCAUGUACUGUAUUCACUGUAUGUUCCUAGGAUUGGCUGUACUGAAACCUAAUUACCCCACUCGAGGACAAAUGAAGGCAUAUUAUCUCAUCCAAACUGAGUUGAGGUGUUGAAAGUUGAAAAUGUAAAAAUUACCAUAAUAGCAAUCAAUAAGCUAAUAUCACUAUGUGAUAGUUGUGCUUAUUAUUCAUUUAAGAGAUAUUUUCUUUUACGUCAAAUAUUUACACUGUUCACUCUUUAUAACAUUUGAUUCUAUGGUUAAUUUUAUUGAUUUUAGGGUCCAUCCUUUACCCAUCAUCACCGGAAGUAGAUUUUUUUCCCAGCCUUUGGGAUCAGCCAAUCACAGCUUUUGAAAUGAUGACUCAUACCUAGCAACAGGGGUCUAGCAACAGGGGUCAACCUCACCUCCUCACCAAGAUAGGAGUUUCUGUCCAUUCCUUGCUCAGAGUUCUCUGAGAAUGUUCUGGAAACACUCCUAAGCUAAGACUCCUUGCUAGGAAUUUUUGGGUUAAGUUAAAAGCUGUCUGAGAGGAUUCUCAGAUUCUUUAGGAAUACAGCCCCUGGACAAGAGAGAGUUACUACAAAAGCAGAGGAUAAAAAUAGCAUUGUUAUCAGUAAGAGAGAUCGGCGAAAGACAGCACCACAGAUAAGGGAGGAAAUCAAGAUGACAAGGUCGAAACCCAUAUCUCUGACAACCGUGAAAUGACGUUUGAGAAAGGCUGGUCUGAGGGGUUGUGUAUCUGCAAAAAAAACACUAUUUCGUCCACAGAACAAGAAAAAGAGAUAUGAGUGGGCAAAAGCUCACUCCGUGUGACACGCGGCGGAAGUAAACAAGCAGAACAAGCAGAACAAACAGCGAUAUAUGGGGAUGUUUCUGUUUUUACAUCACAGUUUUCUUUACAAACCGUAACAAAUCAACGAUGUCUGCAGCUGAAUCUCUCAGAGAGUUUGUGACCGAGCGGCUCGCUGCUGCUGCUGAAGACAUUUUGGGAGUUUUUAACAGAACUCUGGUCCAGUACGAGGAAGAGCUGGAGCGUCAGCGCAGACUGCUGGAUCUGGUUUGGAAACCUCACAUUCACUUACACAGAAUAGGUGAGACAACCAAGUUUAGACUGAAUAAUGAAGCAUGAGCUCGGUUUAAAGCAGGGCUGCCAGGGCUUUGUUACAUUAUCUUGCUAGAGUAUCUCAGUAUUGUACCUUAAUUCUUAAACAUUUUAACUUGAUUGUGUUUAAUAUUACAUCUCUGUCCUUAAAAUCUUACAUCCCUCUCACAGAAUGUCUUCAGAUUUUGCUCUUUCAUACACAGUAUACUGAUUCUAAUUCUUUGUUUUCUGUCUGAUCUCAGUGACAUAUUUAUGCUUCUGUGUUUCUGCAGAGCUUCCACAACAACAUGACUGUAAGGAGGAGGAGAAGGUUUUCUCAGACCAGCAGCCCUGUAACCAGGAGAGGAACUCCAGUCCGGACCAAGAGGACCCAGAGCCUGUACAGAUUAAAGAGGAAAAGGAGGAAUACUGCACAAGUCAGGACAGAGAACAGCUUGAACCACAGCAGCAGACUGAAUACUUGACGUUAAAUCUAACCGGUCAGGAAAGUGAGAACGCUGAACCAGAAGUAAGAAAGGAAGAACAGCUCCUUUCUCACACCUCUCAUGAUGCUGCAAACCAAGAUCCACAGAAAGGCAAGCAUGAAGACUCAGACUCAACUACAAAACCAGAGCAACCCCGCCCAAAAAAAGUUCAAAAAAGAAGUCAGAGGACAAAACAGCCUAAGGUUCACUCUGAUCCUCAACAGGGUGAAAAGACUUUUAGAUGUGACACAAAUGGGGAAACAUUUCCGAGCAAUUCAAGUUUACAGACACAUCUAGGUGUCCUCACUGGUGAGAAGAAGCAAACGUUCAGAUACGAACGUUUGCUGACGAAUCACGCAAAAUCACAUCGAGAGCAGAAUCUGUACACCUGUAGCACCUGUGGGAGAACAUUCAGGCACAAAUAUUUGCUGACAAAACACACAAGAUUACACACAGGUGAGAGACCGUACUCCUGUAGCACCUGUGGGAAAAGCUUCCGUUGGAAUUCUAACUUGAAAGUGCACAUGCUAGUUCACUCAGGUGAAAAGCUGUUCACCUGCAAAACAUGCAGCAAAUCUGUUUACACGAAAGAUCACUUAAGAGAGCACAUGAAAACACACACAGGUGAGAAACCAUACUCCUGUAGCAUCUGUGGGAAAAACUUGCGUAGGAAUUCAAACUUGAAAGCGCACAUGCUACUUCACUCAGGGGAAAAGCUGUUCACCUGCAAAACAUGCAGCAAAUCUUUUAGCAGUAAAGGUAACCUGAAACGGCACAUAGGAACGCACACAGGUAAGAAACCGUACUCCUGUGGCAACUGUGGGAAAAAGUUUACUCGAAAAACAAACUUAAAUCGUCAUACCCAAAUCCAUACAGGUGAACAGCCUGUGGUCCCUGUGGGAAAUCAUUAGUCAGGAAGAUCUCUUUAGAUGAUCACACAAGAACCCACACAGGUAAAAUGUGUCAGGUUUGUCAGAUGCAGCAGGAAAUUCCAUCAAAAAGUGUCACAGAAGCUGGUGACUGAAAUCAGAAGCAAAUGUCAUUGUGUGAAGUCAGAAUACUGUUGAAGUUUACACUACAGGCCAAAAGUUUGGAAGCAAGGCCAUUACAGGCCGAACAGUUGGGAGUAGCUUUAAGUUUUUGUUCACAAUGCUUUUUUUUUUUUAAAUCCAGCAUGAGUUUUAUAAAUUUUGGGAUGUAUUUUCUCCAUGAUCAGAUGUUGCUUUCAUGGAAAUGCACCAUUUUACUCCAUUUACCUUUAGAUAUACAUUGAUGUUAACAGACCAUUGCUAAAUAUAUGUCAGCAAAAGAUAAUAAGGGCUUAGUUUUAGGCUUGAAAACAUUUGCUAGAGUCACAACUUCAGUGCAAAAGCAAAAAAAUAAAUCACAGUUGGAUUAUUCACUUCAACUUUUUGGCUUUUGAGAGUCUGCAUACAAAAAUCCUAAAAAAUAUCAACUGCGUUCAAACUGCCACAAAAAUGUCUAGAAAGAAGCAAUUGAGUAAAGAAACAAAAGUACAGAUUUGUACAUUAAGGAAAGAAGGAUACACAGAAGGAGAAAUUGCAAAAUGCCUAAAGGUGUUUAACAAAGGAGUCCACUACACUCUGAAGAGACUAGAGGAACCUGCAGUUAUGAUGAUAGAAAAAGACCUGAAGCAAAGAGAGCUAUUACAAAAGCAGAGGAUAAAAAUAGCAUUGUCACCAGUAAGAGGGAUCAGUGAAAGACAGCACCACAAAUAAGGGAGGAAAUCAAGAUGACAAGGUCGAAACCCAUAUCUCUGACAACCGUGAAAUGACCUUUGAGAAAGGCUGGUCUUAGGGGUUGUGUAUCUGCAAAAAAACCCCACUACUUCUUCCACAGAACAAGAAAAAGAGAUAUGAGUGGGCAAAAGCUCACAAAAAUUGGACUUAUGAUGACUAGAAACAAGUUUGCACUGUUUGCUUCAAAACGCAGAGUCUAUGUCCGCAGACGAACUGGUGAACGUCUGAAAGCACCAUGUGUUACACCCACAAUUCAGCAUGGAGGUGGUAGCUCCAUGGUAUGGGGAUGUUUUGCAGGUGAUGGAGUAGGAGAUUUGUUUUGAAGUAAAGGGUAUUAUGAAAAAGGAACAGUACCACUCCAUCCUCCAGCACCAUGCUGUUCCACCUGGACUAAGACUUGUGGCUCAUAAGUUUGUUUUGCAGCAAGACAAUGACCCUAAGCACUAUGCCAAGCUCUGUCAGGGUUACCUAGACAACAAAGAAGAGGAAGGUGUUCUUCAAAAGAUGGUUUGGCCCCCUCAGUCUCCAGACCUUUCUCCAAUUGAGCUUGUGUGGGAUGAAUUGGAUCGAUCGGUCAGAAAAACACUUCCCACGAAUCCGCAGUCUCUUUUUAAUGAACUUAAGAAAGCUUGGAAUGCGAUCCCUGGAACAUACCUUAAAAAACUUGUGGAACGAAUGCCUGGUAUAUGUCAAGCUGUUGUCGAAGCCAGAGGAGGUUACUUUAAAGAAAGCAAAGUCUAAGCAACAAUAACUCAAAUACCUAAUAAUUAUAGUCAAAAUGUCUUCUGAUAAGUUACUCUUUACACAAUAGUCAUGUUUAUUGUGUUGCAAAUUAUAUAUAUGAAACUAUGAUCUUUUUUUGUACAAAUCUGAUCUUGCUUCCAAACUUUUGGCCUGUAGUGUAUGUGAACUGGAUUCUCUGUUCUGUGCAAGUUCAACCUUACACAAGGCACGUUAUAGAGAUGAGCUCUCAGCUAAUAAAAUACCAUCUGUGUGUUUAGUUAAUCCAACAGUUAAGAUACAUUUUACUGUGACUUUCUGACUGUAAUACUUGUUCUAUGGAGUCCUGUUUAGUUCCUCCGGCUCAACAAAUGUUUCUUUUUUUUAACCAAUGAGCUACUUUGGUUGGCUGUUUUUUUUUUUGUUUUGUUUUUUUUUAGUAUUUUCUUAUCUGUUUGUUUGUUUUAAUAACUUUUUUAAAUGGUAAUCUACAACAAAUUUGAUUUAGAUGACUGUAGCUGUCAUGCUGAUAAGGUGUGGUGAUAAGAAUAUGGUGUUCAAUAAACUUGGACUGUCAAAACAAAAUUCAUAGUAAUGCAUUUGUAUCCUGUUUUUAUAGAAGUGAAAGAAAAGAGGACAAAGCUUAAACCAAAAUUGGAUGGUCGUGGUUCAGGUCCCCAGAUUGCACUUCAUUAAAAACAGACAAGACUCUGGCAUGGAAAUCACUGCACGGGCUCAAAAUCACUUCAAAACCUUGGACUGUGAACAAAGUUCCUCAAUGUAUCCACAAAUGAGGUUAAACUGAACGCUGCAAAGAGGAAACCAGAUAGAAACAGGAUCCAGGAACACUAGAGACUUUUCUGGACCUAAGCCCAUUUAAGGUCCUUGUAUUCUUUACUGAAAACGAUUUUGGAAGUACCAACAGCACUCCUAUCAGUUAUACAAAAGUUGUUACAAAAAGAGUAGCAUUAGUAAAUGAAGGAAAGAGGUUUCACAUUACAGAGGUUUACGAACCAUUGCAUUAAAGUUGGAGAUAAUUAAAACCGUUGGGGCAACGGAAAGGAGACGAAGAGAAGGGUGGAACAUUUGGCUGCCGCAUCUCCGCUUACGGAACUUUACCGGUGUGACACGCGGCGGAAGUAAACAAGCAGAACAAACAGCGAUAUAUGGGGAUGUUUCCGUUUUCACAUCGCAGUUUUCUUUACAAACCGUAACAAAUCAACGAUGUCUGCAGCUGAAUCUCUCAGAGGGUUUGUGACCGAGCGGCUCGCUGCUGCUGCUGAAGACAUUUUGGGAGUUUUUAACAGAACUCUGGUCCAGUACGAGGAAGAGCUGGAGCGUCAGCGCAGACUGCUGGAUCUGGUUUGGAAACCUCACAUUCACUUACACAGAAUAGGUGAGAAAAAACACGUUUUGACUGAAUAAUAAAGCAUGAGCUCGGUUUAUGUCAGGGCUGCCUCUCCUCUCGGCUUCUUUGUAAAUAAUGUGAUUUAAAGCAGAGGAACAGCCCUGUAGUAGUUAGAGAAUAACUAAUUCACUCAUGUUGACUUUGUCUCACAUUUUGUGACUUGAUUUUUGUAAUAUCACCGGGAAAUUUUCAAAGUAAUAUUAGUCUUUAAUACAGUUUAUAAUCUUGAUUUAAAUUGUUCUCUUCAUGUUACAACUUAUCUUACCACUCUUUUCUUCAUAGCAUCAAAACGUAUUUUACAUUGUGUUGCAAAUUGCAUUUUAUGUCAAUCAAUCAAUCAAUCAAUCAAUCAAUCAAUCAAUCAAUCAAUCAAAUUUUAUUUAUAUAGCGCCAAUUCACAAAAGUCGUCAUCCCAAGAUGCUUUCCAAAGAAAAAGAGCAGGUCAAGACCACGCUCAUUGUUUGAUGAAUUAUCAAGACCCAACCUUAAGAUGGAACAGAUUUGCCCAUCUCAUCUGACAAGAGUAACAGUGGCAAGGAAAAACUUCCUUUUAACAGGCAGAAACCUUGGGUAGGACCAGACUCAUGCUAGAAUGUUAGACAGCCACCUCGCCCCUGCUGGGUUUGGGAGGAAUACAGAGAUAGAGAGAGAGAGAGAGAGAGAGAGAGAGAGAGAGAGAGAGACAGAGAGAGAGAACAAGAUAGAAGGAAGGAGAGAGAGAAUAGGAAAGGGGAGAGGGGAGAUCAGGAAAGAUUACAGUCAGUAGGCCUAGUAGUAGUUAACUAUAGCUUUAUGUUAUUAAUGUAGGUGAGGCUGAUCUUCAUGUCUGCAGCAACAGUCCAGAGGAACCCAAGAGAAGAAGCUCGGGGCUUGAGGCAGACAAUCAUAAACGAUGCAGCUAGAGUCAGACAGGUCCACAGCAGCCAACCGUCUAUAGGGGCUCAGGGACAUUUAGAGAGAUCUGGUUAGUAAGUAGAUGGUAGAAAAUGACUUAAAUGAACAGGAUAAAGAAAAAAGUAAUUAAGGACUAUGUUAAAUUAAUUUAAGGUGAUUAAAGUUGGCAGGUCCAAUGGCAGUUUACUCUAGUUUUAUUUUAUUGAUGUCAGUUAGACUGACGUACGUGUCUGUAGCAACAGUCCAGAAGAGCCUAAGAGAUGGAGGAGCUCUGGGCCUGAGGUGGACAAUCAUAGAUGAUGCAGCUGGGGUCAGACAUUUAUCUUGCGAGAGUAUCUCAGUAUUGUACCUUAAUUCUUAAACAUUUUAACUUAAAUAAUAAAUUGUGUUUAAUAUUACAACUCUGUCCUUAAAAUAUUACAUCCCUCUCAUAGAACGUCUUCAGAUGUUGCUCUUUCAUACACAGUAUACUGAUUUCACUUCUUUGUUUUCUGUCCCAUCUCAGUGACAUAUUUAUGCUUCUGUGUUUUUGCAGAGCUUCCACAAAAACAUGACUGUAAGGAGGAGGAGAAGGUUUUCUCAGACCAGCAGCUCUGUAACCAGGAGAGGAACUCCAGUCCGGACCAAGAGGACCCAGAGUCUGUACAGAUUAAAGAGGAAGAGGAGGAAUACUGCACCAGUCAGGACAGAGAGCAGCUUAAACCAGAGCAGGAGACUGAAUACUUGAAAUUUAUCAUCACUGGUGAAGAGAGCGAGGACCUUGAGUCAGAACCAAACACUGAGGACCAGUUCUUCCCUUAUAAUUCUCAUGCUGCUGUUCGCCAAAAUCCAAAGAUAGGCAAGCAUGGCAACUUAGAAACAAAGUUACUAUCAGGACCAAAACAAAAAUCAAAAGGUCAUGAAAAAAGCCAAAACACAAAACUGUCAGAGAUUCCCUCUGAUCCUCUACAAGGUGAAAGUUCUGCUAAAUGUGACACAUGUGGGCACAUUUUUAUGGAUGAUACAGAUUUACAGACACACCUGUGUUUCCACACAGGUAAGGAAUUAUAUGCUUACGGGAGCGAAACAUUCAGUAACACAUCAUUGCUGAAAGUGCACACCAAUACCCACAAAGAUGAGAAGCCAUAUUCCUGCAAAACAUGUGGAAAAGGCAUCAAAUCAGUUCAGGCUUUGUCAGUCCACAUGAAGAAACAUGCAGCCGAGGUGGCGUACUCCUGUAGUAUUUGUGGGAAGAAAUUCUUUCGAAGUUCUAACUUAAAGAUGCACCUUCUUAUUCACACAGGCGAAAAGCCGUUUACCUGUACCAUUUGCAGCAGAUCCUUCAGACAAAAAAUUGCCUUGACAGACCACAUGAGGACACACACAGGUGAGAAACCGUUUUCUUGCAAAACGUGUGGAAAAGGCUUCAGAUUCCGCCAGGCCUUGAAAGUCCACAUGAAAAUACACACAGGUGAGAAGGCUUACUCCUGUAGCACCUGUGGGGAAAGAUUCUACCAGAGUUCAACCCUUAAGAGGCACACCCUGGUUCACACAGGUGAGAAGCCUUUUACCUGCACAAUAUGCAGCAAAUCUUUCAGUAGAAAAAGUGUCCUGACAGAGCAUUUGAAGACGCAUGGUGAAAAGCUGUUUGCAUGCAAAAGAUGUGGAAAUGAGUUCAGAUCACGUCAUGAAUUGACGGACCACAUGAGGACACACUUGAACGAGAGGCCACACUCCUGCAGCUUCUGUGGUAAAGGAUUCCAUCGCAGCACAGAUUUGAAUAUUCACCUUCGGAUUCAUACAGGUGAAACUCCUUUUCCUUGUAAAACCUGUGACAGUUCUUUCAAAUCUAGCAGUGAACUGAGUCGACAUAUUAGAAAAAUCCACAUCGGGGAAAUGCUACACUCCUGCAGCAUCUGUGGGAAAAGAUACUUUGAGAGGGCUGACCUGAAUCGGCACAUACGAAGCCACACAGCUGAGAGCCAUACUUCUGUGGUACCUGUGGAAAAUCAUUCAGCAUAG